UGCAUGAAUUUAUUGAACAAACUACAACCAACUUCGGAUUACCAAAUCGGCGUUCAUCUGUCGGAUUGACAUUGUUACUAAAAACUUUCUUUCUUUUCCGGUCGCGAAAUGGGUAUUGAUAUUUGCCACAAAUACGAUCGCAAGGUUCGAAGAACAGAACCGAAAUCCCAGGAUGUUUACUUACGUUUGUUGGUGAAGCUGUACCGUUUUCUUCAGCGUCGAACCAACAAAAAGUUUAAUCGCAUUGUAUUGAAACGAUUAUUCAUGAGCAGAACUAAUCGGCCACCCAUGUCUCUACAGCGUGUGGCCCGUUUCUUUAAAGUGGCCAAGCAGCCCCAAUCAACUGUAGUCGUUGUUGGCACAGUAACUGAUGACGCGCGUAUACUGAAAGUACCAAAAAUGACAUUGUGUGCCUUGCAUGUUACGCAAACUGCUCGCGAACGUAUUUUAAAGGCUGGGGGUCAAGUAAUCACUUUUGAUCAGUUAGCACUUAAAUCCCCAACCGGCAAGAAUUGCCUCUUACUGCAAGGUAGACGUACGGCUCGUACAGCAUGUAAACACUUUGGUAAAGCGCCCGGUGUACCGCAUUCUCAUACACGUCCUUAUGUACGCUCUAAAGGACGUAAAUUUGAACGUGCUCGCGGUCGCCGUUCUAGCUGCGGUUACAAAAAAUAAGUGUUUUUAGCUUAGUGUUCCCAUAACUUUCUGAGUUUUUAAAAUAGCAAGGAAGGUUUACUAUCCAAAAUAAUAAAAACUAUUAAAAAACGUU